AUGGGAGAGGAGCCGGCCUGCUGGAGCCGGAGGGGAUCGGAGCAGCUGGCUGCCGCUGAUAGGGGCGGUCCAGCGCUACCACACGCGAACCGCGACGCGGCCGCACUGGUGCUGCCGUACUGGCGUUCGGGCAUGAUGCUGAUGGGAUACAGCUUUAGUCUGCUUACCCGUUGGCCGUGGCCCGAGGUAGACGGCAGAGCAGCUUCCGUGAACGUCUUCUGGGAUCUGGUGACCGCGCGGGCCGACUGCGACUUGGUGGCCGCGCGUGUCUGUCGCGGCUUGGUGGCCGCGUGGUGGCGUCCCGACCCGGCGCUCGUGGCCGUCUUCUACCCUGCCGCCGCUGAGCGCGGGCCUCCUCCUGCGGCCGUCGACUCGGAGCGCUGGCUGACUGUGCCUGUGGCGCCGCCGCUCCCGCCCGACGGCUGUAUCUUCCUGCUGGAGACGUCGGGCCGGCGCCACAUCACCCCGCGCGAGUGGUGCACCGUUGAGUCGGCGGCGUCCGCGCACCCGAGCAUGCUCGUCGUGUUGCUAGCCGCAGCGCCACGCCUGCGCCGCUCCGCGCUCACCGACCGGCUGCUGGAGCGCAACAACAUAAUCCUGGCUCGGCUCGACUUUGGGUCGCUGUUCGCCGACACGCUGUUCGAGCGGUGGUACCAGAGUCGCGCCGUGCUGCGGUCGCCCUGGCCGGCGGUCCACAUGAGCGACGCGGUGCGCGUUGCAGUGCUGUUGCACCACGGCGGCAUCUACCUCGAUACGGACGUAAUUGUACGCCGCUCACUGGCCGCGCUGGACGAUGGUGCAGGCCUGGAGUCGGAGCGAGCCGUGGCGUCGGGUGUGCUCAAGUUCAGCCGCGACUCGGCCGUGCCGCGGCUGCUGGCAAGCUGCCUGACAGAGGGCUACGACCCGUACAACUGGGGACACAACGGGCCCGGCGUCGUCACCAAGGUGCUCAUCGAGGGCUGUGGCCUCCGAGACCCGCCGCUGACGAUCACCCACUGCGGAAACUACACCAUCUACGGACGGCAGUGCUUUUACGCCAUCCCAUGGGAAAACUGGAGCCUGUUUCUGGAGCUGGACGCGCGGGACGCCGUGUUGGAGCGCGUGAACGCUCGCACUUGCCUGGCCGAACAGUACUGCCCCUGGUCGCUGCAGCAGGGCGGGGCCGACUUCUAA